CCUCCAUUCGAAAUAAAACAUAAUUAUUUAAACGCCGCGUAACUGACGAGUUUAGCGCUCCCUCCUCGAGUCAGCGCUGUAAGAUCUUUGUGAGUUUAGCGCUUAGUUAUGAUAAUAAUAAUAAUAAUCUCUCCUUGAGCAGUGUCGUGGCAGCGUUGAUGACGUCACGAGCACCCACUCCCGCUGAUGCUCGGGAUAAACUGACUGAGGAUUUAUAGGUUUCCCCGAGGAACAGCUGUUGUGGAGGAGACUACAUGUGUCACAGCUGUCAACAGCUGUACUCUUGUAAGUGUGGCAAGGAUGGACAAGUGGCUGGGUAUAUUAUAACUCUUGGGGUCGUCGACACAGAGCUGUGGUCAGAGACGACGUCUGGUAAAUAACAGAACUCGACAGCUCAAGACAUCUUACAUGGUAUAACAUGUCCAGGAGUACAAGGAGAUACCAGCUUACUAUAGAUGAUGUUUAUGACAAAAUCGGACACUUCGGCUUUUCUCAGAAGUUAUAGCAAGUGAAGUGUGUAAUAUGAGACUCUGAGUGAGUCAAUACAAACUUUCUCCAGCAAUGGAAUACCUGUCUAUCGAUGAUAUUUUCAAUAUUAUUGGACAGUUUGGAUGGAAUCAAAGACUAUACUGUAUUGGCUUCAGUGUCCUGCAGUUCUUCUUAGCAUUUCACAUGCUUCUCAAUGUCUUUACUGGUUUGGACCCAACAUUCAAGUGCUUUGCCAGAGAUGGAAGCUCCAAGAAUGAACCACUCAUCAACCAGUGUAUUGAGGACACGCCUCAAAAAUGCUCACUUACCUAUACGACAGAGUACAAAUCUUUUGCAUCCGAGUGGAACUUAAUAUGCAACGAAAAAUAUAAAGUGGCUCUAGUGCAAUCAAUAUGGAUGGGAGGGGUGAUGACAGGGGCCCUCGUGCUGGGUGGUGUGGCUGAUGUAAUAGGACGACUGAAGACACUCAUGAUGGCACUCUUAGGAACUAUAGCCUUUGAGGGCUUUAGUGCCUUUGCUCCAACAUUAGUGGUCAUGGCAAUGUUGCGCUACCUAGGAGGAAUCUGCUGUGCGUUGGUAAUCCUUGUGAGCUUUGUCUUCUCGCAAGAGUUGGUUGGUAUGGAUUGGAGAAGCUUUUGUGGCAUUUUUAUAGCUAUGUCAUUUGCUGUUGGAAUAGGUGUGUUCUCUGCAUUAGCAUCAGUAAUGGACACAUGGAGAACUUUGACAUUUAUUUGCUCUGUCUCUGGGAUAGUGUUCUUAAUUCUUCCCUGCUACAUUCCUGAGAGCCCACGUUGGCUUGCCUCCCAGGGAAGAAAUGAUGAAGCAAAAGAGAUCUUAGAGGGAAUGGCCCGGAGAAAUGGAAAAUUUAGCAAUCUCCCAACUAAUUGGGAGAUUUCAGUUACUGGCAACAGCAAAGAUGAGAGUGACAAGAAGCCACAGGGAGUUGGUCUCUUGGUUAGCCAUCCCUAUGUCCUCCUCCUUACACUUAUUCAGAUAUAUUCCUGGUUUGUCAACAGUGCAACAUAUUAUGGUCUUACCAUUGCUGCUAGCAACCUAGGGGGUGAUGCUUACGUGUCAACAGCUUUGAGUGGUCUCAUUGAAAUCCCGGCUUGCGUCGUUGCCAUUGGUAUCAUUGACAG